AUGGCCCGACGUACUGCGGCGACGGAUGUGUGUCGAACUGUAAUGCAAAGGCUGAGUGUGGCCAGUUCGCAGAAACCCCAGGAAAGGGAUGUCCUCUCAAUGUUUGCUGCAGCCAGUACGGAUUUUGUGGCACAACAGAGGACUUCUGUGGGGAGCAACUGCGUUUUGAACCCAAAACCUCCAGUUGGCGGCGCUUCGGUUGGUAUCCGUCAGAACAAGAUGAUCGGGUAUUAUGAAUCGUGGUCUGCUCGCAAGUCAUGCCACAAGGUGGCCCCGACUGAUUUACCAUUAGACGCAUUGACGCAUGUGAAUUUUGCUUUUGCGUACAUCGAACCAAGCACAUAUCAAGUGGUGACAAUGGACGGAUCGACCCCUGCAUCCUUGUUCCAAGACACUACAAACCUCAAAUCAAUCAAGCAGGAUAUCAAAGUCUUUGUUAGUAUCGGUGGGUGGACAUUCUCGGACAAUGACACUUCAACGCAGCCGCUAUUUGGUGAGAUCGCAGCAGAUGCUACGAAACGGCAAACUUUCGCCGAUAAUGUUGUGCAUUUCAUGAAGCAGUAUGGGUUCGAUGGCGUUGAUAUUGACUGGGAGUACCCUGGUGCUCCCGAUAGACGCGGUAACCCCGAGGAUACAGAAAACUAUGUCCUGCUUCUUAAGGCCAUGCGAGAGACAUUUGACUCCAGCGGAAGUGCCUUUGGCCUUACUUUCACGGCACCAUCCUCAUAUUGGUACCUGCGCUGGUUCGACCUGCCAAACAUGAUCAAAUAUGCAGAUUGGGUGAAUCUUAUGAGCUACGAUCUUCACGGCGCAUGGGAUGCUACUAAUCCAAUUGGAAGCAUCGUCCAGGCUCAUACAAACUUAACCGAAAUCAAAUUGGCGACUGACCUAUUCUGGCGCGUUAAUAUCCCGCCAUCUAAGCUCGUCAUGGGAUUCGGCUUCUACGGCCGGUCGUUCACUCUCUCCGAUCCUGCCUGUACUGAUCCAGGCUGCCCCUUCAGUGGCGCAUCAAAACCGGGCCCUUGUUCGGACACUGGGGGGAUUUUGGCCUACUACGAGAUCAUAGCCGCACUAGACGGGUCUACAAGCUCGUCAAAGAGAGCCACUAUCAGCCCUACGCAUGAUCAAGCAGCGGCAGUCAACUACUUUACGUUUGAUAAAAACCAGUGGGUCUCUUAUGACGAUGCGACGACUUUCAAACAAAAAGUCGACUGGGCCGACAGCGUUGGUCUCGGUGGAGGGAUGAUUUGGGCGUCAGACCUUGACACGGACAAGUACACGGCUCAUGGAGCCUUAACUGGCAAGACAAUUCAGUCGAAUCCAUCUCUCCAAGCUGUAAACAAGGCGCUCUCAAAUCCAGUGGCUGUCGUCGAGGACCUCGCGGGUUCGAAUGGUCAGAAAUGCUUUGUGUACAGCGGCAAGUGCAUUAAUCUUAACGAUAAUAAGGCCAUGUCCGAUGCUUGUGGAUCGGGCAACACCGUCGUCGGCUGGGAUGAUGCCGGCUGCGGCAAGAAGAACUGUCAUUGUGGAAAGCCUGUGUGCUGCCCCACGAAUAGCGCUCCAAAGUCCUGUAUAUGGCGCGGCGACGACAACGGCGGCGGCGCCGGGAGCGACUGCAGUGCCCAGUGUAGGCCAGGUGAAAUCAAUAUCAAAGGCAUCCGAUCUUCGUGGGGGGGGCGGGUUUCUGAACGACGGUGA